AUGGACACCACAAGCGACGCUGCCUCUGUCCUGUCAGGCUCAACCGUCUUCUCCAAAGAAGCCCAGGACCAUGUCUCACCGACAAAAGCCGACACGGACAUGUCUACAAACGAAGCCGCAAAGCAGCACCGCAAGAGCAUGCGACAGCGAGUCCGCAAUGUCGUAGCCGACCUCGGACGCCCUCCGACUUCGAGAGAUGAUGCCAAGAGCGGAAAUGUCACGCAAAAGCAUGUGGAUGUCGGGCCUGCGGCCGGGACGGUCCUCAUGGGCUCUGCCACCGUCUAA